AUGAACAAGAAGGAGAUAUUGAAGCUAGCGAAGGGAUUCAGAGGGAGGGCGAAGAACUGCAUAAGGAUAGCAAGAGAGAGAGUAGAGAAGGCCCUUCAGUACUCGUACAGAGACCGCCGCAACAAGAAGCGUGACAUGCGCUCCCUCUGGAUCGAGCGCAUCAACGCCGGCACCCGCUUACACGGCGUUAAAUAUGGCAACUUUAUGCAUGGUUUGACGAAGGAGAAUAUCCAACUUAACAGGAAAGUACUGUCGGAGAUCUCUAUGCAUGAACCACACAGCUUCAAGGCCCUCGUCAACAUUUCCCACAAUGCCUUUCCUGGAAACAAGAAAGUGGUUCCUCCCAAAAAGGAAGGCCUUGCCGUUCUUCUUUAGUUGGCUAUUUGUUUGGGUCACAUGUUCGUUUUGAGUUUGUUUCAAACAGAUUUUUCAAAGCUUUGUAACUUGUUUGACUCUGCUCUGCUACUUGUUUAGUUGAACCUACAUUUUCAUAAUCGAUAAGUAGAAGAUAUGCAUGGUCUGCUGCCAAACAAA